CAGCGUCAGUGAGACGAGGACCGUUGAUCGCCGAUCGAAGAUCGUGCCGACACUGGCGUUUUCACGACGUUUAUGUCACGGUCUGCUCCGCCGCAUCAGAUAUGACUCUCUCUGUAUAUACCACGCCGCGUAAUUGCUCAAGAAAUCACCUGAUAUCCACGAAUGAUGACCACCUGUGUGCUGUUGAACGACAUUGAGCUGUGAUGGGGUGGACGAUCUCCACCGCAGCAUGGGUUGUCAUAUGGAGCUGCCUGCUGCCGGGCUUCUACUUAGCUCCGCAGGCAUCUCCGAAGCAAGUGCCAUGCGAUAAGACGAGGAAGGUCUUCACGGACUCAUGGGGUGUCAUCAGCGACGGGCCCAUGGGCUCGAAUUAUACUCAAGAUUCCCACUGUGAAUGGCUCAUUAAAGCUAACCACAGCCGCCAAUUUAUUACAUUAAGUUUUCGAACGAUGGGCACGGAGUGCAGCUACGACUAUGUGUUCGUUUACGAUGGAGAUUCCUUUCGUUCACCGCUGCUGGGUAGCUUCAGUGGCAAAACGGAGCCGCAGCAAGUGACAUCAUCAUCUGGUUAUAUGUUGAUAUUAUUAUAUAGCGACACAAACUACGUCCUAGACGGUUUCCAUGCAGAAUUUUCGGUCACGGAUUGCCCAAACAAUUGUACUCAUCAUGGAAAGUGCAUUAACAAUACGUGCUUCUGCGAAAACGAUUGGGGAGGUAAGGAUUGUGCCCGAGCCCUCUGUCCGAACAAUUGCAGUCACGCCGGGGGUGUGUGCGGGGUGAAAAGAUGCAAAUGCAACGAUGGAUACUCCGGACAAUCUUGUUCGUUGCAUAAAACGCGUCCAGAAGGAAAUCGAUGGCAUUGGCUCUCGCAUUCGGAAGGUGGACUAAGAGCACGCGCAGCUCAUACAGCGAUCUAUGUUCAAGAAACAGACUCGCUUUAUGUUUUUGGCGGCUACGAUCUCAAUUAUAUACUCAGUGACUUAGAAGUAUACAAGUUUAACACAAGUCAAUGGGAAGACGAAUACGGAAAUGUAUUAGAAGGCGCCGCAUCAGCCGAAUAUCUGGAUCCUACAUUGAUCGCUACCGAAUUACAACGCCAUCCUGGUGCCAAAGAGACGUACGGCAUACCAACGUCGUCUCUAUUCUGGAAGGUGCUUUAUAGCAUUAAAGAUAAUAAUACGUUCGGCCUGCUCGAUCGGACUGCUGACGGCGGUCAACAUAGCUCGCGAGAGUUCAGGAAUAUGCCUAAGGAAAACGAGAGGAGCAGAAGCACCAUUAGGAUUGAUAGGAACGACGAUCCCAGGAGAAAGCAUUCGCGAAAUAUAAGGCCACGAUAUUCAAAUCGUCAAAUGUCAACAAGAUAUCGCAGAAACUUGAAUAGAGAACACGAUGCAACGGACGAUGACGUGAAAUGGGAAGAUCAAAUCGUGGCGGAAUCCGCGGAGGAUAAUGCCUUCAUUUCAGAGUUCACGGAUCCGAAAUUAACCACGAGUGAUUCGCUGAAGGAGGACGUUACGGAGGCAACUGUUGACGAAUUACCCAAACCGAGUCCCCGAUAUGGUCACGCUGCGUGUAAAUACCAAGAUGGCUUUGUAGUCUAUGGAGGAAAGGUGCAAGACGGUUCUCUAUCGAACGAACUGUGGCAUUACAAUGUGAAGGAACGCAUGUGGACUUUACGCGCAAAAAACUCCCCCUUUUAUCCACCCAGGCUCACAAGGCACACUCUAACUUUGGCAGACGAUUAUAUCUAUCUGUUCGGAGGUAGCACCGUUGACGGAGAGUUUUCGUCCAGCCUCUACAAAAUUAAGUUGCGUUUAGCGGAUCCUACGGCGAUUAACGAGAGGUGGAUAGAAGUGCGACCUCGAGGCGGUAAGGAACUUGACGUACGCGUGGUAGCGCAUUCAACUGUGUAUCAUCGCGCUACCAAUUCCCUCCUGGUGUACGGCGGCGUGGUCGCCAGCGUCGCCCGUUUCAGUAAACUGUCGGACCGAAUGUUCGUCUUUCAACUGGACAGAAAGGUCUGGUCGGAGAUCCAUUAUCCGAGGGCGAACUUGCCAGACACAUACGUGCCGAGAGAACGCGCAUUCCACACAUGUAGUAUCAUAGGAAAUUAUCUGGUAGUGUUUGGCGGAUAUUCUCACAGACACAACAAGGAAGAAAUCUGUUAUGAUAAUCAGAUGUAUCUUUAUCAUCUCGGUUGUCACGCUUGGGUGAGCCACGAAGUGUUGGGCUUAAACGAUAAAGAUUCUCGUUAUCCCAAGCAGCAAGGUGUAUUCGCUCAUGCGGCAGAUGUGCGCAACGGAAAUACCUUGCUGCUCGUUGGUGGAUAUCAUGGCAACGUAAACGCGGACCUUCUCGCAUACACUUUGCCGCCUAUGUUAGCGCCGGGAGACGAGGAUUACAUCGAGCCAGAGCAAAUCUGCUCGAGGCACAAGAGCCUAACGGAAUGCGCGGCAAAUCCCGAAUGUGGCUGGUGCUCCGCCGAUGAGAUAUGCUACGGUCGGACGAUUGGCAGCAACUGCACGACGAAUCUACAGACGACGCGUUGUCCGGGAGUCUGUCCUGCUCUGGGCGAUUGCCACUCUUGCCUGAUACACGGUCAGCCUGGUGGUGGUUGGGGCACGAAUUUCCGCGGCAGAAAGUCCGUCUCGAAUAAAUUAAAUCUGGGCACGUGCACGUGGUGCGUUCAAAACGCUCGCUGUCAUCACAAGGACGACAAUUACGGGGUAUGCGGGGUGCGGGACGACACGCUCUCGCACAUACCGGGCUGGUGGGGACAGAAAGGCACGGAGAUUACCAAGGUCGAAGAGUGCCGGGAGAUGGACAAGAGACCGGGUUUGACUUUCCUCAAGUACAAGCCACCGGUGAACUUCAGCCAACCCGACUCGGUGGCAAUAGUGAACGCGACCACGGUCGACUUUAAUGUACCAUCCAUGCAAGGUGCGAAGACCGAAUCGGCGCUAGGCGGCGAAAUGAUCGCCAGGUUGACCGGCUUUCUUAGACCGCCUUCAAAGGACGCCUGGGACAGCGCGGCGGAGCAUCUGAAGAUCUGCGUCAGUUAUAACAGCGCGACGCUUCACGUGUCGCGAAACAAUGAUUCUGACAAGCUGGAAUUAGUCGCCAAUCUAACCGCGGAGACGUCACAGUGCAUACCGACGAAAUGGCCAGACGGAUAUCCGAUGGAUUUGAAGCCGGAUCAUCGUUAUCUGUUGGACUUCGAGUCGAAAAGAAUGGUGACCGCGAGCUACGCUUACGCGAGUAAAAUGGAAAUCACGCAUAACAAGAAGAUGGAGAAUCCGAAGGUGUUCACGUUCGAGUACUUGGAGCCAUAUCAGAACGGCUCUUGCCAUCAGUACGGCAAUUGCCUGCACUGCCUGACCGACUCCUCGUGCGGCUGGUGCGACAUUACUAAUCAGUGUCUACCGCGCUCCGCCAACGAGACGGAGAGCUGCGCGACAAACGUGGAGUGGGACGAGCACGGCGAGGUGAUACGCGAGUGGCAUUACCUGACGAUUAUGCCGUCGGCGUGCGCCAACUGUUCCAACUACAUCUCCUGCGAGUCGUGCGUGGGUACCAAUCUGUGCGAGUGGUGGACGGAGGAGGCGAGGUGCGCACGAAUCGGUCGGCUACCCAACGCCGUGGUGAGCCUGGACCAGUGCCCGAUCCCGUGCCGGCAGCGCCCCAACUGCACGCAGUGUCUGGACGAGCGCGGCAGAUGCGUGUGGUGCGAGGCCACGCGGGAGUGCUUCUCGUUCUCGGUGUACACGUCGGAGUACCAGUUCGGGCUGUGCCGGGAAUGGAUGGACCAGGCGGGCCUGAUGGGCGUCACGUCGCGCAGCGGCUCGUCGCUCACCGGUAACGAUCAGUGCAAGAGCUGCAGCCGGCACUCCAACUGCUCCAGCUGCUUGCACUCGCUCAGCUGCGGCUGGUGCUACAGCCUGGAGAAUCCCAUCACCGGCGUGUGCGUGCAGGGCGAUUUCAAUCAGGCCCACGUGAACUGCAGCGCGGUCAUCAACGAGUACCGAAACAGCACUCUGAGGGCCGACGAGUCCGGCUGGGCGUACGCGCAGUGCCCCGAUGUGGAUGAGUGCGAUCUCGGCUUGCACGACUGCCAUCCCGAUGCGCUUUGCACCAAUACCCACGGUAGCUUCAGCUGUCAGUGCAAGCGCGGUUUCAACGGCGACGGCAAAGAGAAUUGUACCAAGACUUGUUACGAGAGAUGCGUCAACGGAUAUUGCAGCGAGGCGCCGGAUUACAAGUGUGAGUGCAAUCUGGGCUGGACCGGACCGGAUUGUCGAACCAACUGCGGCUGCUACAACCAUUCCACGUGCCUGCAGGGACCGGGCACCUGCGACGAGUGUCAAGACUGGACGACCGGGCGUUAUUGCGAAGAAUGUAAGGCAGGGAGUUACGGGAACGCGACGACGCCGUUGGGCUGUCGCGAAUGCAACUGCAACGGCCACGGUGACGUGGAGCUCGGCGUUUGCGAUCGGCAGACCGGCAUGUGUUUCUGCCGCGAUAACACCGAGGGCGACAAGUGCCAGCGCUGUAAACGGGGCUAUUACGGCGAUCCGCGUAACGGUGGGAUGUGCUACUACGGCUGCAUGUCACGGGGUAUGCUGGGCGGCGAGGGGAACGGCAAACAGGGCCUCGGUAGUCGGCACUCGCAGUCUUCGCUCUGGGACAAUUACAUGGGCGACUCGCCGACGAGAGAGUGCCUCUGGAUUGUCGGUCCCGAGACGGAUCUCUCUUUGGACGCGACCAACCCGGCGAUUCAGAGCGUGAUACAAUUUACCAUCCACGACGACAUCAACGUGAGCUGCCAGGAGAACAGCGUGUACGUGUACGACGGUCUGCCCGAGUUCGUCUCGUCCACUGGUGGCCAUCAGAGUCAACUGCUGGGCGUGUACUGCACGGAGAGCACCGACUACCCGGUGACGGUGGAAGCAAAAUCCGGAUUUCUAACGGUGCACUACAAGCAACUGGACGAAGUGGAAGGCUUUAAUGCGAGCUACGUGAUAAUGACGUGCAACAACUGCCCGGGGAACCGCGAGUGCCGCAACGGCAACUGCCUCUGCAAAUCCGGUUACGUCGGCAUCAACUGCGACGUGGAGAUCUGUCCGGAGAACUGCACCGCUUCCGAGAAACGCGGCGCCUGCGACAAGGGCUACGGCCGUUGCGUUUGUGUGCCGGGCUACGGCGGUCGCGACUGCUCCAUCCAGCUCGAUAAUAACCAGCUAAUAUUCACGGAGCUUUUCAAUUCGGAAUACCUGGCCGAUCAUCUGGACCACUUGAGGAAGACGCUGCCACGCUUCGGGCACAGCCUGGUGGCCGAUCGACGCGGCAGUCUGUGGAUGUUCGGCGGCUACUCGCUCAGCCACGGACCUCUGAACGACAUUAGACUCUUCGACACGAAGAACAAUACGUGGAUGCCGGUGACAGUGGAGUCUACUUCGGAGGCGUCCAUGCCGCAGGGUCGCUAUUUUCAUGCCGCCGAGAUUGUACACAGUAGACAGCAGAUCUACGUCUACGGCGGCCUGUCGAUGAAGGACGAAGACGUGCAGGGACUGUCGAACAACACUCUCAGCGACUUCUGGAAAUUCAGUUUGCAGAAUCAGCGAUGGAGCCAAAUCGUGCAGGACGAAUCGAGGAAGGAGCCAUUAUCUCUGGCCGGUCACACGUUGACCUUGCGCAGGGACGGGGAGUCGGAGAGUCUGAUUCUGAUCGGUGGCUUCAGUCCUAAGUACGGAUAUCUAGACACGGUUUGGGAGUUCAAUUUGGAGACUGAGACCUGGGACACGGUGGACACCGUAGGGAACGGACCUCUGGGUGUUUACGGUCACUCCACAGUGUAUCACAGCAAGUCCGACAGCUUCUACGUCUUCGGUGGCUACACCUACGCGGUAAAUAGAACGUUUAUUUCGAACAAAUUAUACGCCUUGGACUACAAGACGCGAACGUGGUCUGUGCUGCCGCCGUUCAUAGAAGAUUUCACCGACGGCACUUUACCUCAAGCCAGAUUCCUUCAUUCCGCGGUUACGACGGACGAGUAUAUGGUGAUAUUUGGCGGUCGGCAAAAUCCUCACAACACCUCGGACUCGCUAAUAGCGUACAAAUACUCGUGCAACCUGUGGAUACGUUUGAUAACGAAAAACAUGGAGACGAUCGGCAGUCCGCCACCGCCGGCGUACGCCCACGCGAUGACCCAUGCCGAUCCGGAAUCGAACGCCGUUUACGUCGUCGGCGGCUUUGACGGUAGUAUCAAGAGUCACGUCACGUGGAUCAGCAUACCGGAGGAUCUGUGCAAUCUGUGGAAGGAUAAGAACACGUGUAGGCAAUACUUGGGCUGCUCCUUCUGCGCUGUCACCACCCUAAACGGCACCAACACCUCCCUCUGCUUCUCGAACGAGGUAUCGAGCAACCGGGGCGACAAGUGCGACAUCAACGUGACUCAAGCGCAACGAUCGAACGGAGUGUUCUGCAGCGCGGAUUGGAUGGCGAAGAGGAAGUGCGAUAACUUCAGGACCUGCACGGAAUGUCUGGCGGAGUGGCCGUACUACAAGGAGGACAAGCCGGUGUGCAAGUGGUGCACCAACUGCCCUCACAGCAAAUGCAUCUCGUCGGACAGCGACUGCGACGAGCUUGAUCUGAAAUGCAGGCUGACGGUGACUAAUGUGAAUCACUGCGGGGAACGGCGGUGCCCGGCGAGCGACUGCGAGAAGUGCAACAAUCUGAGCGACUGCGUGUGGACGAGGCAGGUGCUGAAGACCAACGAACUGGGACUGAAGCUAACGGGCGAGCCCGUCUACGAUUGGAACUGCGUGCUGGACGACGUCUUCGAGCGAUCCAGCAUCAAGCUGAGCAGCAGGCAGUGCGAGAGAAGGUGCUCCGACCACAAGGACUGCAGCAGUUGUCUGAAGGGCACCGGGGCCGAGGGUGGGUGGAGCGAGUGCAGAUGGUCUACGCAACUGAACGAGUGCAUCUCGCCGUCGUAUCAGCCGCUUUACUGCGCCGGCGGCGUCUGCGGUUUGGUGUUGCGUAACGCAGACAUGGACCACUGCCCGGAGCCGUGCUCGGUGUUCAAGCAGUGCAGCACCUGCCUGAAGCACUCGCAUUGCGGCUGGUGCUCCCUGGAUUCUGCCAACAUAACCGGUCAGGGAAUCUGCACGGAAGGAUCGCUCGAAGCGCCGGCGGAUCAUCCAGCGGGCGGUACCUGCGAGAUGCUCUAUCGUCAACACUUCCCGGAGAUCGAGGCGCCGAUCGCCACGACGUUGCAUCCGUAUCACGUGGACUCUGUAGAAGUGCAGGACAACGUCACGAUGUCGUUGCUCGUCGCGAUAUCGAAACCGGAGUUCUCGUGGCACUACGUCCGCUGCCCGCCGGAGAACGAGUGCGAGAACGGACACCACACGUGCUCGCCGAAGAGCGAGAAGUGCUUCGACCUGGAGGAGGGCUUCGAGUGCAAAUGCGGGGACGGAUAUAAGACCGAGGCCACCUACGGGAACGACUUCGGCAAGAAGAUCUGCGUGCCCAUGUGCACGCAGGGCUGCGUGCGGGGCACGUGCGUGAAGCCGGACCUGUGCCGUUGCGACUUCGGUUACGUCGGCUCGAACUGCUCCAUCCAGUGCCAGUGCAACGGCCACAGCGAUUGCGCCGGUCCGGACAAGCUCGACAAUUGCACGAAGUGUCACAACAACACGAUGGGGAAGCAGUGCGAGAAGUGCCUGCCGCUGUACGUCGGCAAUCCCGCGGACAACGGCCAGUGCGUGCCGUGCCUCGAGUACUGCAACGGGCACACGCGGAUCUGCAUCAACGACAGCAUGACCGUGCCCGAUCCGAACUCGGUGGACAAGAUGUCGAUUGAGAAGCUGAGCAGACAGCUGGGGGAAGGACCGGUGGCGAAGGCGAAGUGCAUCAACUGUGGGAACAACACGAGGGGCGACAAGUGCGGCGAAUGCAUGACCGGCUACUUCCGAGGAACGGAGGACCUUCGGGACGUGUGCCGGCCGUGCGAGUGCCACGGUCACGGCUUCACGUGCGACCCCGUGACCGGCGAGAAGUGCAACUGCGGCAACAACACCGAGAGCGAUCCGUCCUGCGUCAGCGGUCCCAUAAAGGGCACAAACACGAUCGGCACGCCGUGCUGGAUGGUGCAGUGCAGCAAAUGCAGGGAGAACUACGCCGGCAUCCCGACGAAUGGCCAUCAGUGCUACAAGACCGUCACGGUCGACAACAAAAUGUGCUUUGAUUCGAAAUUAAUAGACGAGUGCAAGAUGAAGCCGAAGCCGCUAAAUCCUGGCCAAACCGUCUUCUACAUGGUGCAACCGCGAUUCAUGAACGUGGACAUCAGAGUGAUGGUGGAUGUCACCCAAGGUGCCUUGGAUUUGUUCUUGAGUCCUCGGGAUGAUUCCUUCGUCGUCACUUUGAAUUCAUCGACUGGAUAUCAAGAGAUCGAGCUAGACAGCAGAUUCAGAUUGCGGCCCAAACUGCCGCUAGCUAAUAACAGAUUCCGGAUCGUUGAGUUUCAUCCUCAGUUUGGAGCGUUUAACGGUACUGAGCCGACCCGGUGGAACACCGGACCGCAAUAUUUCGUGAUAGAGCGCUGGCUCGAAGACGAUCUGGCCAGCUUUCUGACGAUCGAGAGGCGUAAUACCUUCCUGGUGAUCCGUAAUCUGACGAAUCGACUGGUGCUGACGUUGCCGCAGGACAAGCACGAGCUGGGCCAGACCAAGUUUCACAUCGCGCUACGAGCGAUCGACCCGGCGAAUCCGGAGCUGAAUGGCCGCGCCGCCUACGGGAUGAUCUUCUUCCGCCAGGACCAGCUGCACAUCGACCUGUUCGUCUUCUUCUCGUGCUUCUUCUCCUGCUUCUUCCUGUUCUUGGCUGCGUGCGUGGUCGCGUGGAAGGCGAAGCAGACGGCGGACUUGCGCCGCGCCCGACGCCGCCACGUCGUGGAGAUGCUGCACAUGGCGAAGCGACCGUUCGCCUCCGCGACGAUACUCUACGAUCGGGACGGCGGCGAGUGUAGCCCGAGCUCGCCGCAGCGUAAGGGCAGGCGGGGCAAGCACGUGAGCUUUCACAGCGACGUGAGGCCGGUGGCUGUCGAGCCCACUGACGACGGCGUCGCGGCGGUGGCGACGGUGUUCAUCAGGCUGCCCGGCGGUCGUCAAGCACCGGUGAAAUUGGCCCUGGGCAGUUCGCUCAUACUCUUGACCAGAGUCUACCCCGUCAACAGCAGAGUGUUCUUAAGACGUAGAAACAGUCACGCGACGAACUGAACCCACGUUACAGUGGAAUCUCGAUCUCGACCGCUUUCGAGUUCCACAUCCCGGACACCAAUAUUCGCGUUAAACUCUUCUCGAGUCACCGACGUUUGAGAAAUCUGCUACGGAUUUAUAGCUAUAAUAGGAAUUUGGGUAUAAUGGACCUGUGGAAUUAGUAUGUAUAUGUAGAUUUAACGGGCAGCCUCCCUUUUUGGGACAGUUUUAACACGAUAAAGAUAACGGACGAGAUGAACUCAGGAUAACGUGAAUUUUAACAAAAUACGUAUUUUACUAUCAAAACAAAACAUCUUGCAUACCGCUUAUAAUUUUAUCUUUUCUAUUAGGAAACUGUUCUCUUUUUAUUGAUCUCACACAUUGAUUGGCAGCAGUAAUAUUGAUUCUAUAGAAUGCAGGCAUAUAAAACAAAUAUUAAUUAACUAUAGUUAACUAUAGUAAUAUUCUGCCGAAUUUUAUUAUGAAUAUUGGAUUUAUGGAUCCGAAGACCAUAGAAGAUUUUCGGAAGAAGAAUCGUAGAUGGAAUCAAGUAUGCAUAUAUCUACACAUGUAAAAAUUCAAUCAUAAAUAUAAUUAUAAAAUUUCAAGAUUUUCGUACAAUAAGAGAAUUCAGAUAUAUAAGAAUACAUUCUUCAAUAAUUCAUCGUGAUUCAGAAAAGCACACAAAAGCGCGCACUAAAAAAAAAUUCGAGUUCUAAAGAACGCCGAACGCAAAUGUGCAAUGACCAGGAUCCAAGGAUCUUAUAUCGUAAAUCUGUAAAUCGAACAAUUAUUGUUCUUUUUUUUUAACUAUAGAUUUAAUAUUGUACAAGUAGUUGCGAGAGGGUCGAUCGUAAGAUUAUUUAAUCUAAAUAUAAUAUAUUGUCGUAUACCAUUCCAUGACGAGACUGUACUGUACGUUUGUAUAUACAACAAUCUGUAAUUAUGUAUUAAUUCGUACUUUAUACAUUUUUGUAGAAAUAUUUUACGAGGCGUGGCUUCGCGUCAUGGAUCAUUCGUGGCUAUUCUCGAAAAAGGGAUUGGGGGAGGGGGUGAAGUGAUCGAUUUCGCGCGAUUCGUAUCGGUUGAACGAACAGUAUUAGAAUUGUUGAUUAGAGAUGGAGCUCAACGAUGCGUGCGUUAACAAGGUUCCUAUGCCAAAUUGAUUUAGGAUGGAUAUAUACGUGUUGAGCGUCCUAAUAUAAUAAUAUAUUAUUUAUCGUAAGCGGAUGAGGAAAGAGAAGGCGGGAAGUUUUAUUUGGAAAUGUACAUAUACACAUGAAAGUUGCGAAUGUGUGUUGCAAACUUUUAUAACUGGCGUCGUUUGCGUACUAUCGAAAGAAACUUAUACUCGGUAGAUGAUUUUUUUAAUCAGAGAUAACGACUAUGUAUUAAUCAAAACGUAUGUGUAAUGUGAAUGUCGUAACGAUAUUGGCAUUGACGUGUUUAAUUAUUAUCGUCGGAGGCACAAAAAUGGGAUAAUGCAGGGACAGUGUUUAUUUGAAAUUGAAGAGCUGCGAGAAUAAAGAAUACAAAACAAAA